AUGCCGUCGCCUAAGAGCCACCACCGGAGAGGGAACGCCGCCGUGGGGGAGAAGAACCGGAAAGGGAAAUUGUCGGAAAAAGCGCAGUCAUUCCACGCCGGAACUUCGUCGGUAGGUCAAGGAGGUGAGGCGUUGCUGCUGCCGAGACCGAGAACGGUGCCGAACCUGCUCUCGUCGGCGGGAGGGAAAUCCAUGGAGAGGACCCCGUCGGACGGCGAAAUCCGGCCGGCGAAGCUGACGAAGUUGCUCCUGAACGUCACGAUUCAGAGGAGCCUGGGAGUUGUUCAGGUCCUGAUGUCGCCGGAAUCCACCGUGGAGGAUCUCAUCACGGCGGCACUCCGGCAGUACCGCAAGGAAGCUCGUCGCCCGGUUCUCUCCUCCGAUCAACCGUCGGAAUUUGACCUCCAUUACUCUCAGUUCAGUUUAGAAAGUUUGAAUAGGGAAGAGAAGCUGAUGGAGCUGGGGUCCAGGAACUUCUUCUUGUGCCCUAAAAAGUGCGGCGCAGAGAAUAAUACCUCCUCAACGACGUCGUCCUCCGCCGCCGCUUCGAGCUGUUCGACACAGGCGGAGAAGGCCAGGGCUAAGAGUUUUGGUGUUGAAUUGAAGCCUGGAGAACCACUGAAGGUUAAACCUGAUGCUUUCAAGAUUAUCCAUAUCUCCCAGGCAUCUGUGGGUGAGGUGAAGAAUGAAAAGAGUGCGAAGAAGAUUCUCCUUCGCCUGAAGAUUGAUAACAAGGAUUUUGUCAUUGGGACUCUUUCCUUUCCGGAUAGGGCCCAAGUUUUGUUCGAUUUGGUUUUACACAAAGAAUUUGAGUUGUCUCAUGACUGGAAAGAAGGGAGCGUCUACUUGCUUGGAUAUGUGGCCCAGGAAGGUGAAGAUGAUGAUGAAUUAGGCAGUGAAGAAUUCUCGGAAGAGGACGAAGAGGAAGCUAUGCAAGUUGAUACUCCUCAGAACGGUAAAGUUGAGCCUGAGAAGCCUGCUGCAAAAACAGAAGCUCUUGUAAAGUCCAACCCCACAGAAAAGUCAUCGUCUAAGGAUUUGGUAAAGAAAGACGAGCCAAUAUCUGAUGAUGAUGAUGACGACGACGAUGAUGAUGAGGAUGACACUGAUCUUAGUGACGAUAGUGAUGAUGAUGAAGGAAAUGAGGUGUCUGUUGAGGCCUUGAAAAACCUGCUUGGUCGUAUAACCGGCGAGGAUGACGACGAGGAUGACUCCGAUGAUGACGACGAGGAAGACGAUGAAAGUGAUGAUGAUGAUGACGGUAGUGAGGAUAAUGCCCAAGACUUGGGACCUAUUAAGAAAAGGCCAGCUGAAACUGCCAAAGCACCCGUCCCUGCUGCAAAGAAAGCAAAGUUACCUGCAACCAAUAAGUCAGGUGAGAAGAAUCCAGCUGCUAAGGGGAAAUUGAAGGGGCAAAACAAGCAAUCUGGUGGUCAAGUACCUAGGGCUCAGAACAAGCCAUUAAAUAAGGGCAAUUCUCCAAACUCAAAGGCAAAGGGCAAUGCUCCAAACUCAAAGGCAAAGGGCAAUGCUUCAAAUUCAAAGGCAAAGCAUAGCCGUAAAUAG